AUGCCGCCUACGGAAGGCGAGAAAGGCCCCUUUGUUGAUGGCGAGAAAGAAAGCGCCGAAUCUAUGUAAGUUUUGAUUUAUUUCACACAUGAAGGCGAUGUGUACGUAUUCGUUUAUAAAAUCGAUGACAAAGUGCAUGCCUUGGCUUGUCAACUUUAAUUUUCGUAUAUUUGCUUUGAUUUAUCUGCAAAUUUCCAUCCUUAUUAAUGUUCUAUUAUUAAUUUCUAGGCUUAGAUAAUUCUUUAAUUUUAAUACAAUUAUCCCUUUGCAAGCUGGAAAAUCACAGAUUUUAAUAACACAAUGAAGACCUUUUAUAAUUGUUCGCGCGAAUAUCGUAUUGAAAUUCCCAUGCUUUAAAGCUGUAAUUGUACAAUUUUUUGCCGAAAUUGUGCAUUAAUGAGUGUUAUAUUUGUUCAAAUUUAUACAAUUAACCGCAAGAAAGUGUGCCGAGGUUUUGUUUAACUUGACAGAAGGGUUAUAAAUCGGGAAACCCGCGCUAUUGUUAAUAAAUAUUUAUAAAUGCGUAGUGAAUUAUUUGAUAAUUUGGCAGGUCUUGUGGUCUCGUGUUUGGGUUUAUGUAAAUGCUUUGGUUUUGUGGAAGUUUCCGUGGGAGUGUUGUUUGUGUGUUAGAAUUUUUGAUGCAAAUUUGUGUGUGAUUUUGAAUAUUUUCUUGUGGAUAAUCGCAAUACCACUGGCGUUUCUAUAUUUGUUUAUCUUUCACUUGAUCUAAAGGGCGAUUUAUGCUAGAUCUCAGUUUACGUGCUAAGUGAGAUAGCCCCGCUUGGCAGCUGUUUACACGAUACAGCGUUACCGGGGUUCAAUCUUGUUCGAAAUGUUCAAGGUUUAACCUAUUCAAUGCCAGCACUUUCCCCCUGACAAGUAAAAUCGUCUGGCGGCAGACAGAGUAAAAUAAUAAAGUAGGGGGCACAUUGCCACUUGAAGGGUUAAACACGCUGACCCCCUCACCCAAAGCUGAUUUCCACGAGGGGCGAGUACAAAAGUAUACAUACAAAGAAUUUUAAAGAAUGUUGAAAGGAUGGCUUAGGAUAAAACCCAAAUUAACGACUUCCUUCCGGCAAAGAAAAGUUUACCUUCUGUAAGAUUACAGAAGGUCGACUCUGCCAAACAAGCGCUGCCACGCAAUGAUUGGUCACUUACUGUGUUCCUAGCCAGCGCAGUUAUGAGAGGCAUUUGCCCCCUGAACAUCUGCCAUUUUAAAUAUUUUCGGGGGGGGGGGGUGAAUGCUUCUCAUAUAACGUAAAAUUCCAUUCCAAAAUUUCCAUCUCAAAAUCUUUGAUAGUUUGUUCUAUUGAGUGUGAGAUGCCAAAAUCCUAAUAUUUAUUUGGUUAGAGCUCGACAACUGUCUAUUUGUAGCUCAGUUAGAGCUCGGCAACUGUCUCUCUGUAGCUCAAGUAGUUAGAGCUUGACAACUGUCUCUCUGUAGCUCAGUUGGUUAGAACUCAACAACUGUCUCUCUGUAGCUCAGUUGGUUAGAGCUCGACAACUGUCUCUCUGUAGCUCAGUUGGUUAGAGCUUGACAACUGUCUCUCUGUAGCUCAGUUGGUUAGAGCUGGACAACCGUCUCUCUGUAGCUCAGUUGGUUAGAGCUAGACAACUGUCUCUCUGUAGCUCAGUUGGUUAGAGCUAGACAACUGUCUCUCUGUAGCUCAGUUGGUUAGAACUCGACAACUGUCUCUCUGUAGCUCAGUUGGUUAGAGCUCGACAACUGUCUCUCUGUAGCUCAGUUGGUUAGAGCUCGACAACUGUCUCUCUGUAGCUCAGUUGGUUAGAACUCGACAACUGUCUCUCUGUAGCUCAGUUGGUUAGAGCUUGACAACUGUCUCUCUGUAGCUCAGUUGGUUAGAGCUGGACAACCGUCUCUCUGUAGCUCAGUUGGUUAGAGCUCGACAACUGUCUCUCUGCAGCUCAGUUGGUUAGAGCUAGACAACUGUCUCUCUGUAGCUCAGUUGGUUAGAACUCGACAACUGUCUCUCUGUAGCUCAGUUGGUUAGAGCUCGACAACUGUCUUUCUCUAGCUCUCUCUGAUGUUGUCAUAUUCCAUUUAUGAAAUCCUCAUUGUCUUCUGCCUGGCCACCUUGGCAAAACUUUAACCAGGGUAAAUUUUUAAUUUUCUAGGCAGCAGAAAGAUUUAUAUGAACUCUUAGGUGUAAGCAAAGAUGCCACGCCUGAGGAAAUCAAGAAGGCUUAUCGAAGGGUAAUCAAUCAUUCUAUUUUUGACAGAUGAUCUGUUUGUCCUUCUCUUGUAGAAAUGUGACCAUUGAAAAAAUUCUAAAUUAUCUUAAAUAAUUUUCAGAUGGCUCUCAUGCAUCAUCCUGACAAGAACCCUAAUGAUCCGACUGCUGCAGAUAGGGUAAGUAUCAUGUGAUGCUCAUGGCUGCAGACAUUAGGCUAGCCUGCGUGGCAGACGUUCAGCCCGCCACAGAAAACCUAAAAACGGGCGAGGCAAUAGACUGUAUGCCACGUUUGGCUUUGUAUUUGCCGCUGUUGCAACGCUACUUCCACGGUAUAAGGGGCUAAAGGUCACCAGACGCCAGUUGAUUUUCGCUGACUGAUAAAUUUGGUCCUGGUUUAAGUUUUCCAAAUAUUUAGAAGCACUAUAACAUUUUGAGUUAUUUGGUCUACAUUUCUUUUAAAAUUUCCUUUCAUUGGCUGUUUUAUUAACUUUCAAAAACUGACAAAUCUCGCCGUGUUGUCGAAUCACGUCCGGUGUGUCUUGGCCUUAAGUGGGCAGUUGAAUUAAUAAUUCAGGAGUUAGAGGCCAGCUAGAGUAAAAUAAUAAACUAGGGCAUGUUUAUUGGGUCAGUCUGCUGGACGUCAUAUAUUGUCUGUGGUUGAACUCCACGAUUUUCUUGCAUGGGAACUUUGCGACCACAGUAAUAUAUGUUCGUCUGGGGAUGUCUGGGACCCUCCCUGUCAAGAUAUCAGAUAUUGAUUUAUAUAUACCUUGUUUUGUUUUAGUUUAAAGUAAUUAGUCAUGCCAAUACAAUUUUAUCCAAUCCAAGUAAAAGACAAAUCUAUGAUGAGUAUGGAAACAUGGGCCUGUAUAUCGCUGAACAGUUUGGAGACGAGGUAUGUGAAUCUGUCUUUAAAUUAUAGUGUGACCUUUAGAAUAAUCACGUACCUGCAAGGUGUGACAGUCACACAUUUAAAUUUUGGUCCCACGCACCACAUGUUCACACAAUUUUAAUUUUGUUAUCAAUACAUUGUGUGGAUCUUCUCUUUUGAGUUUUGCAGGGGUGUAUAUUCUUCUAUAAUCUCCCCCCCCCCCUGGGGUGGGGAAAAGAAUCAAAGGGUCUUAGGGCUAGGGAAGAAAAUCAAAGAAGAGUAGAAACAAUGGAAAGGCAGAGGGAAAAGAAGAGAAAAAUUUCCGUGGGUAAUUCGUGAAAAUCAGUGUUUCCAUUUUCCAAAAUGAAUUUUUCUAAUUUUUUCCUAAUGGAAAGUAACUUAAAUAAAUAUGAAAAGCUUUACUGAGGAUUGCAAAUUUAGUAAAUAAUAACUUAUAACUAGCUAAUUUAUAAUUUAGGUAUUUUAUUCUAUCUUGGGGAGGGGACAAAUAUACUAUGUCACAGUAUUACUAUUAGGUACAGGCCUUUGAGGCUGAUGUAGUAAAGAUAUGGGGAAAAGAAUCAAAUCUGAAAAGAAGGAGGGGGGGAGAAUCAAAGUUCAUUGAAGAAUAUACACCCCCUGGAGUUUUGUGAAGAACAUUUUACAGUACUAUUACUCCAGCGCAAAUUUUAGCCUAUAAAUUUAGUCAAUGAGUAUGUUGAAGUAAAAUCAGACAUGUUAUUAUUAGCAAUCCCGUUAGAGAAGCAUGUUCUGUGAUCAAAUGUGGCAGUAAUGCUGUCAAUAGUACAGUAGGGGAUCACGUGCACGUUUGUAUCUACGCGAAUUGGCAGGUCUGAAUAAUACAAAUGUAAUUUACAUUGGUAUUUUACUACGAAGUGCAAAAUCAAAAAAAAAUCUUUCGAAAUCCUGACAAAAAUUUGAAAUCCCUAAAAUCCAAAAACCUCCCCUACAAAAUCACUAAAAAUCUCGCAAAAUAACUGAAAUUCUUGAAAUUUCUCGCAAAAUAUUCAAAAUCCCUUUCGAAUUGCUAUCAAAAUCCCUAUCAAAAUCCAUAAAAUCUUGCCAAAAAUAUCCUUUAAAAUCCACUGAAAUUCUCGCAAAAAAAUCACAAAGUCCCAGCGUAAUUGUUACCGACAUUUUGAAAUCCUAAAAUUCUCGUGCGCUUUUUUUUUGAGAGUGGUACACCCCACGAUUCAUGAAUUAGUCUUUUUACGUGUGAACAACCGUCCUAGUAAACACAUAUUUAAACAGAGUACAUAAUUGCAGAUCUUCUUUUAAGAAUAGAUUGCUUUUCUUAAAUCGGCUUGAUAGUUUCUUAAUUGUUUUUAAAAUACCCAACUAAUUUUUUUUACUACCUAACUAAUUACUUGAAGAAAAAAAAACUAUUGUUUAGCCACCUGUCAAAUUGAAUAUUAACGACCAAAUAAAUUAGCUUCAUUUAUAUUAAAACCUAUUUGAUCAAUUUCGGUUAUUUACCGGUAGGGGAUCGCUAUUUUUUGCCUAAUAUAACGCGUUAAAUCGUAAAACGGGCCGAAAUAUUUAAGAUACGCGUUUGUAUUGGGUUUAAAACAUAUUCUAGAUUUUCGUGGCCUUUUUUGAAAAUUAUUUUGGUCAGUCGCCUAGGAGAUGAAAUCUCGCAGCAAAUAUAUAUAUUUUGUAUAUAUACACAAGAAAUCCAAAGAAAAAGCUAUUUACUAUAUAGGCCUCGGUCGAACUAAGCUUCGGUACGUUGUUAAAAAUGAAUAAUAUAGUAAAUAGUUCAUCAACUCGCGGCUCGCAAAAACGUAGACCGUCUGUUCGGACACGAAUAAUGCUUGCCGCUCAACAGAGAAUUCAACACUACGAAAAAUUGGCUUCAACAAAUGAUGGAGAAAGCGCUGAAGUGGCCGGACGAAUGACAGCUGAGAAAACUCUGCCAUAUCCGAGCGUCACAAUGCAAGAUUCGCAAAUCUCCGAAGAGUUGAAAACAAGAUUACGAAGAUCGUUGAAACAAGUUGUGCUGUUGAAAGUGAAAAAAAGUCCAAAACACCGCACGAUAAGAAAUCCAAGGCUAAAACAUCGCCAAGUACUGCCAUGCUUGAUUUUUGCGGCUUUAAUCUCGGUUAUGGCGGAGUCGUACAUGUCUUUAACGAAAUCCAUGAUUGGGAUAGCUCACAUAUUGUGAAGAUGGAUUUUAGCGGGUGCAGUCUAGACGAACGAGGCAUGAGCGUUGUCUAUAGAAUUCUCAAGCUUUGUAAAAAUGUUAAAGAGUUGAAUUUGGCGAGGAAUAACUUAGGAAGAUCUGGUAUCACCUGGGUUGCAAAGCUGUUGCAGAAUACCGACAUUCGUUACUUGACGUUAGCGCAUAACGGACUGAAUGAUCGUGACAUGGAGGUGUUUUUAGCGUCGUUACCUGAAUCCGAUAGUCUCAUCAGCUUGGAUCUAAGUUAUAACAUCCUAGGACCGUAUGUCGGUGAAUUGAUGACCAAGUAUAUGCCUGUUAGCUCAGUGAGAAGCUUGAAUCUCAGUCACAAUGAGAUCGGCCCCGAAGGAAUACGACAGAUGGUCGAAGGCUUGCAAGACAAUGAAUCUUUGAACGAAAUUGAUUUAUCCUGGAACUAUUUAUACGACAAAGGCAUGGUCUCUAUUGCUGAUAUAAUAUUAACAGUUCCUUUACUAAGAAAGAUUUCCCUCAAUGGUAAUUUCAUCUCCGAAGUGGGCGCCCAGUACAUCGCUCAGAGCUUAAGAGACAAUUUUUCCCUAGAGGUUCUAAACCUCGCGCAGAAUUUCAUACGUUCUCAAGGAGCAUGCGCGUUAGUGAGGGCUAUUCGGAGCAAUUUGGGAUCAAAGUUGAGACUGGUGGAUAUUAAUGGUACCCUGGUGUCACACGAGUUUACAGUGAUGUAUCGUAGGAUACAAAUGGAUAAAGACAGUUUUGAAGUCACAGGGUUUUGCGUAGUCGGGGAUGGUGCGAGUAAUUUUAGGAGAAGAAAGAGCUCGAAGUUUCAGUGACAUAACAUGAAGUAAAUCCCUGGUCAAACGCUGAUGAGAGUUUGCAGUCACGCAUUGUUACAGGGGACAUUUCAACCUCUAGAUUAACGAAAUAUUAGGGACUGAUCAUUUAUGUAGGGCGUAGCACCGAAGAGGAAUGUUUUUCUCGGUAAAAAUUUUACUGUUCCAACCAUUGAAAAGUUUUAAAAAAUUUUACCCAACAUCAAAUAUCAACAAAAAAAUAAAUACCCACCCUUAGCCGAAACGUUACAAAAGGAUACCAUUCAGUUGUCACACAUGUCCUUUACCACUUCUGUGACAUCAGUUUGAUAACUGCUUGUGCAAUUUUCUGCAGUCUAAAGUUUCAUGUUGUCUGCACAUGUACUUUCUUUGGAGAUACCAUUUGCCUCCUGACAAAUCGGAAAAUGAUCAAGAUAGUGACUCUGAUUUACACACAGUAUUUCGUUGACAUAUGACUGUUGACAUUGCUUUUUAGUCUUCAAUAUUUGAAUGAGUCAUACUUUGGAAAUGACAAUAUUUUUUUUAUUACCCAACCCUUGAGUUGUUUUGUUUUUCAUUUACCCAACCUUUUACUCACUCAAAAUUUUGUUUACCCAACCCUUUUCUCUUCGGUGCCACCCCCCCCUAUAAAUAAUGACCACUUCCUAAAAUGUUCCAACGAUGUUUGAACUUAAAUAGAAUACAUGAUAAUGUUGCACUCUCAUCUUCGAUUGAUGCAGGCGUAACAAGACAUAGCUUUUGAAUGAAAGUACUGCUCAAAGGCUUGCUAACCUUGUAUUAAUUUCGCGACACUUUUGUGUAAAAAGACGUAUCAUUAAUUUAAAACUGACUCAAUUUGCACUUGUGGAUAUACACGCUUACGAAUCGACAGCUUUGUACUAUAAAUACCAUUCAUGUAUGUAAAUAACGAUGUUUAAUAGGUAAAUUAAAUUUCGAUGAAUAUGAAUAAAGUGUUUUUGAUGGAACUGGAAACGUGUUAUGAUAUUGCAGUUAAACAAAAUAUUAAGAUAUUGUAAAAAUUCCCAUCAUCCUUUUCGGACCAUGUUCAACCUCCUCUGUUGCAGCAUAGUUAAUAGAAUAGAUGGUUUGGAAACUCAUUAGAAUAACAAUAUAACUCGUUAUCUAUGUUAGUCAACGUUUAUGCAUAAAUCUGGUCCUUCACCGUCACGUGUGUAUUGUAUUUUUACCAAAUCCACCAAUAGCAAUUUCCAAUUUACCCUAUUGUUCGAGUCACGGAUAGGUAACUUUCUUAAAACAUUAUUAUUGGUUAGUUUGGCAAAAAUACAAUACGCACGUGACGGUAAACGAGCAGAUUUAUGAAUAAACGUUGACUAACAUAGAUAAUGAGUUAUAUUGUUAUUCUAAUGAGUCUCCAAACCAUCUAUUCUAUUCUAUUAACUAUGGUUGCAGCAAUUUGCAAAACCUGUAACAUACCAAAAUGUUAAUAUUACUAUAGCCGUACAAUAUCUGUUUUGUACACAUAGUCAUAGUGACAAUAUUGCAGUCGGUUUUUCCGCAAACAGAUGUGUUGAAAUAAAGAUAUCGAAUUCAGUGUAAAAAUAUUUCCGAUAAGCAACACAGUCUCUUCCUUUGUAUGAUGUAUAUCAUCUGUUAAAUCUGGUCUUCGCUACGACACAAGUUUUAGCAUAAAAGGGAUGAAACGUAUUGAUUUAUUUUGUACUGUCCUCGCUACGACGCAACAUAAGCAGGAACACAAAUAUAAGAAUAUCAUGGUUAGUCUGCUCGCAGGCCCCACCCAAAAAUAAAUAUCGGCCUGCGAGCAGGUUAGGAUACAGUACAACACAAGUAUGAGAACAUCAAAGCGUUCCGCUUGCUAUGUUUGCGUUGUAAUGAAGACAAGACUUGAGCCUUCCACCUGUGAGGGGGUGGGGUGCGGGUCAGGUACUCGUAACAAAAAAAAACUACGUAUAUAUAUGAUACUAGCAGGGAUCAGGAAAAUGACAUGUGCUUUUAUACUAGUGAUUGUAAUAUAGCAUUUGUAAAUUCUGAACGCUGAUUGGCUAAGAGCCGUGUUGAUGUAACUCAACACGGAAAAUUUCUUUCUUUAUAUUUCUUUGUGCUAUAUUAUAAAAAAAUAUAAAACAUUUUCCGCAUUGGUGUACAGUUACAUCAACACUCGUGGAAAUUGAGAAAACUCGAAAUUGUGUGAAAACAAUCUGGGCGUUGACACGGAAAAAUGUUUUAUAUUCGUUAAAUAUAAAAGCGAUAAUAUUAAAGCAGUCAGAUAGAUUUAGUCAAAUCAAAGUGUAAGUGCCUGUUAAUCAACAGUGUCUGUUAAUUAGUUAAGAGCCAACGUUCAAUAUCCACUUCUGAGAUAUAACUUAAGCCGGUUUUCCACUAGGCGGAAUUUUGCGCGCGGAGCGGAAUCUUUCUUUGUCUUUUCUAAUCAGUUCCACCCGAGAAAUCACAAGACAAAGAAAAAUGCCGCUCCGCGCGCAAAAUUCCGCCUAGUGGAAAACCGGCUUUAAGUCUUAACUAGAUUUCCGCAUACUGGAUCAUUUACUUUAUGUUUCUUUUUCAGAAUGUGAAAUUAUAUUUCCGUUUGAAUAGUAUUUGGUGCAAAGUAAGUCGAUUAUGUUCUAACGAGAUGCUCGUAAAAUAUACUCUUGGAAUAAUUCAUGCAACCCAACUGUAGUUAGUGCCACUGUAGCGCGAUGGUAGGGUAUUACUGGCGAUGAGUCAUAAGGGGUGACUGACGCUUUCAAGUAUUGUGUAUCCGCAGGCAACCAGAAGCGCCUUUAGACAGCCUAAUUGUCUCCAACGAUUUCUCCUCGGUCAGAUUGAGCUGCGUCCUUUGCAAUGGACCAUUUGCAUUAUAGACUAAAUUUUGAUCUAGACAAAAAUUUCAUCACAGCUUGAAAGAGCAUCACAAAAUUAGUAAUAUUUCAAAGUUUCGUUGAGAAAUGUUGUAAAAUGCGGAUAAUAUAGCCCUGCGAAGUUUGCCGUUUUUCAGUCAUUUUGUAUUACGCACGGGAAAUUGACAGCCCAAUCGGGUGUUGGGGCAUCAAUUUCCCGUUUGUAAUACAAAAUGACUGAAAAUUGCAAAUUUCGCAAGGCUAUAUUAUUCCGCAUUUUACAACAUUUUAAAACGAAACUUUGGAAUACAUAUAAGCUGUGAUGAAAUUUUUGUCUAGAUGUGUUUAGAUCAAAAUUUAGUCUAUAAUGCAAAUCUCCAUUCAGCUCAGCUCUCAGCUGCUAGUAAGGAUGAUUAGCACACCCGCACUGACUGACUGACCCUUUUAAAGGGAAAUAGCAAUAUUAAUUUUUAUUUUCUCAUUUGAAAGAACUUUUGAAACUAUAUAUUAACUUCUUUAGCGAUUUUUUCUGUGUUGGUGUUAUGUACUAAGGUGAAUAAGAAGUUUGUGAUGUCAGAGUAACAUCACAAACAUCAUAUUCACCUGAGUACACAACACCAACACAGAAAAAAUCAUGAUUACUAUAGAUUGCAUUGAUAUCGAAGAAACUAGACUCAGUUCCGAAAUAUCACAUACUCGAACCGACCUGACCGCGUAGCUCAGUUGGCAGAGCAUUGGGCUAGUAUUCCAAAGGUCGUAGGUUCGAUUCUCACCGUGGCCAGGCAUAUUUUUCAAGCUUGCCCGGUGUGGAUAUAUUCUUUAGCGAUUUUUAUAUCUUGCUUAAGGCUGCUCUCCAGUCACGCGUUUUUCAUACGUGCGUAUAUACACACGGAAAAGUUUAAAUCUUUUUUAAAUGUUACUUAUGAAAUAACUGAAUAAAUAAAAAAAAGCAUAUAGUUUUGUGAAUGAUUGAGUAUGCAUUUGUACAGGUAAUUCAUACUAGUGUUAAAUUUAAAAAGAUUUAAACUUUUCCGUGAGCCUUUAGUUCUUGAAAUAUUUUCACUUGAAGUAACGAGAUGUCCGCCAUCUUGGAUAAAUUAUUGAUCUCAUCAAAGGUAGUUUUGGACAAAAGUAUUCGUUACUGACCAAUGUUGCUGACCAAAUAUUGAUCGGUAGAUGUUUUAAAGGUUUUGAGUGAUCUUGAUAUUUCGAAAGGCAGACAGAGUAUAGUUUUGAGUGCAAAAUGAUUAGUGUUUGUUUAAUAGAUAAAAUAUUGCUUGACCCCUGUUGUGACGUGACAUGCAUGUCUACAAAAAAUGAAAAUGGCGGACAUUUCAUUCCUUUCGAUCAAAAUAUUUGUAGAAGAGAAUAAUAUAUAGUCUUAAGAGUUCUUUCAAAUGAGAAAAUAAAAAAUAUAUUGCCAUUACCCUUUCACGAAAGCACUUCAACACAGGUUCAAAUGUAUUCUCAUUUUCUCCUGCGAAGGGUUUAUUCAUAUUCUGUGGUCUCAUCACGGGCUGUUACUUCUGUUGCUGUCUGUGCUGUUGCUGCGGUUGUUGCUGUGGCAAAUGUAAACCCGCCGUCCAGGAAGAAGAUUUUACUGAUUUUCCGGGGGAAGAGGAGGACGAUGAAGAUGUAGUGACGAGUCAACCAACGUCAGCGACCUCCCCCAUCCCUCAAAAUGGUAAUAGUGAACCGAUAGUACUAGGACCUCCGCCAGAAAAACCAUCCGCACCCCCGGAUGAGAAAACGAGUUUAAAUGGCAGUAGUUAA